UACUAUUUGAUAUUUAUUUUAUUUUGGCUGAGAAUAAGAUAAAUCAGCGAUAUUUGAACAAACAUUAUGGAAAAGGAAGAAAUUUGUCAAUAUUUUAAUAGCAUUAUUAAAGAUGAAAAAGAUGUUUCUGCUGGAAUGGCUGCUAUUCGUACGUUACUAAAAGUUUUGGAGUAUUCAAAAUCUGAGACGGUUCAAGAGCUUAGAUAUUGCUUGCAGAAUGCAAUAGAUGCAAUGAGAUCAACUGAAAAUCCUGUGACUGCCAUUGCAUCUGGCAGUGAAUUAUUUCUUCGUUUCAUAACUUUAGCUACAUUAGAUACUUCUUCAUUUGCAGAAUGCAAGGGUAUUAUGCUCCAUAGAGGAAAGAUGUUCUAUGAAAAAUUAGUGGCAGCUAGAGGAAAAGUAGCAAAAGUAGCAGCACAUUUUAUUGCGGAUGGUUAUAAAAUACUUACCCAUUCAAAGUCUAGAGUUGUACUGCAAGCAAUGAAGGAAGCUGUUGAAAGUAAUAAAAUAUUUGAAGUAUAUGUAACAUAUUCUUCUCCGGAUAAUAGUGGGCAAGAAAUGUAUCAAGAUCUAACAAAGUUAGGUGUAUCUUGCACAUUGAUAUUAGAUUCUGCAAUGGGAUAUGUUAUGGAACAAGUUGAUAUGGUCAUGGUAGGAGCAGAAGGAGUUGCAGAAAGUGGAGGUGUUAUCAAUAAGGUUGGCACAUAUACAAUGGCUAUGUGUGCCAAACAAGUAAAAAAACCCUUUUUUGUACUAACAGAAAGCUUCAAAUUUUCAAGAAUAUACCCAUUAAAUCAAGUUGAUGUGCCUAAUGAGUUUAAGUACACAGCGAGCACGUUAAAAAAAGAUUUACAAAAAGAACAUCCAUUAGUUGAUUAUACACCACCACGUUAUAUUAAUCUUUUAUUUACUGAUUUGGGGAUAUUAACACCUUCAGCUGUAAGCGAUGAACUUAUUAAAUUAUAUUUAUAA